AUGUCUCGCGCAUCUCCAGACGCAGAUGGGUCCCACCGGUUCUUAGCAGCAGGUCCAGACAAGGAAGAGCUCGAGGUUCAUAAACUACAGCCAAACCGCAUUGCAGAAAGAGCAAAAGAACAAGUCGUUUUGCUGGCGCCGGCCAUCUUGACGGGGCGAGAUGGAAUCCCCAUAAAAAGUUCCACUUUCGGCAUGGAUCGCUACGUCGUGAGCGUCCGCGACUCUACAUGGGAUGGAGAUGACCAAAAUCUCGAUACUUUGGCAGCUGCAAACGCAAAGAUCAGAAAGCUCGAGGAGGACAACGAGGCCUGGAAGGCAGAGACAGCAUGCUUCCGAGAAGCCAUGCUGAGAAUCAAGAGGACACUUAACAGCGCAAUCAAGGGAAAAGGGCCUGCUAAACCUGUUCCUGGAUCAGCUUUGCCUUCGCAGCCCGCUCAUCAGGCCUUGACGCAAGGGGAUGAGCACGUGUCUGAAAACCAACCGGCUGGCAGCAAACUUUCCGACCAAGUGCAUCCACAAGCCUCUCUACUGAGAAAUCCCAGAGACAAGAUUCAUAUUUCAAGAUUCGCAAAGUCUAGUCCAGGCUGCAUCAGAUGA